AGUAUCUCAUUUCUAUUUUUAGAGCUCAACUACAGAAAUUAUGGAUGAACAGAAUUGAAAUAAAAAAGAAGAAAAAGUAAUAGAAGUGUGGUUGGUGUUGGCACGAUUUUCUAGAGAACUUGAACCUCAAAGAAGCUGAACAUACACUUUUAAAAAUUGUCCAGAGUGCAGUGAAAACAAAUUCAGAAAACACAAAAGAGAAACUCAUGGUAAGCUAAGUCCAAAAAGCAAGAAGAGAACGGAGGCAUCAUAUCACGGACCACAAAACAUUGAAUACAUACAGAUAAAAUAUGAAAGAUGAUCAUAAAAAUGAGGCUGUAGAACAAAGACAGCGUGGCAUGGUUACUACAUAACAUUGACAUCCAAAGGGUCUCUAUAAAACUUCCAACUGUUUCCUUGAGACAACGAAUCAACCAUGAAUCAACACGUGUCCACCUCAUGCUAUAGAAUUUAUUUCUAAACAAUAUCACCUACGUUUUAGUAUAAAUAACCACCUUUGCUUCAAGAUAGUCCUUACUAGACUAAUUUGCUUCGAAUACUCUACAAGUUAUUUUAAUCUCCUCCAUUUAUCAAGAUUUCUCAAGCUAGAAUUUCGUAUUUUCUAACCACAGAUAGCAUCUUUGGAGCAAGUUGCGGUGGUUUCACAUUGGUGCACACAUUGUUAGUUCAGUGUUAAAAUUCUUAGACAUGAGACUAACAAUGAGUCUCAUUCAUUGGUCUUUUAUCCUUUGGAUUACCAUGAUUCUUUUUAUCCAAAAUUUGGAUAAUGUGGAAGGAAGAUACCACAAUCACAAGAGGCAGAAGAAAAAUUCCCCUGCUCCUAAGCCUCCUGCUAAUCCACCUACACCAGAGGAUCCACCUUCACCCCCUUCCAAUCCUCCUAGUGUUCCCUCUGACCCUUCUCCAAUUGAUCCGGGGGAUUCACCUUCAAACUGCAUUUUCGAUGUAAGAUCCUUUGGUGCAGUUGGAGAUGGUUCUUCUGAUGACACUGCUGCAUUCAGAGAAGCAUGGAAAGCUGCUUGUGCAGUAGAGUCAGGGGUUGUUCUUGUUCCAGAAAAUUACUGCUUUAUGAUCACUUCAACAAUUUUUUCAGGUCCAUGCAAGCCAGGACUAGUAUUUCAGGUGGAUGGUACUCUCAUGGCACCAGAUGGACCAGAAUGUUGGCCUAAGGAAGAUAGCCGCAAUCAAUGGCUUGUGUUUUAUCGACUUGAUCAAAUGACUCUUAAUGGGACAGGAAUCAUAGAAGGCAAUGGAGAACAGUGGUGGGAUCUACCUUGCAAACCUCACAGGGUAAUCAAUUCACCUACCCAUAAAUCAGGACCAUGUGACAGCCCUACAAUGAUACGGUUCUUCAUGAGCUCCAAUUUGAUGCUGAGUGGGGUGAAAAUUCAAAACAGUCCUAUGUUCCACGUGAAAUUCGAUGGUUGCCAAGGAGUGCUGAUUGAUAAGUUGUCCAUUUCUUCGCCUAAACUCAGUCCCAAUACUGAUGGAAUUCACUUAGGAAACACAAAGGGUGUCGGGAUAUAUAACACCAUGAUAAGCAAUGGUGAUGACUGCAUUUCAAUUGGACCCGGGUGCUCAGAUGUGGACAUAGAGGGUGUAACUUGUGCUCCUACCCACGGAAUUAGCAUUGGAAGCCUUGGAGUGCACAAUUCCCAGGCAUGUGUCUCCAACUUAACUGUUCGAAACACAAUCAUAAAGGAAUCAGAUAAUGGUCUUAGGAUUAAGACAUGGCAAGGUGGUACUGGCUCAGUGACAGGCUUAAGAUUUGAGGACAUCCAAAUGGAGAAUGUCAGAAAUUGCAUCAUUAUUGACCAAUACUAUUGCUUGUCCAAGGAGUGUCUGAAUCAGACUUCAGCUGUACAUGUAAAUGAUGUGUCAUAUAGGAACAUAAAGGGUACUUAUGAUGUAAGAACCCCUCCUAUACACUUUGCAUGCAGUGACACUGUGGCUUGCACAAACAUAACACUCUCUGAGAUUGAGCUUUUGCCAUUUGAAGGAGAAUUGCUAGAUGACCCUUUUUGCUGGAAUGCUUAUGGAACUCAAGAGACCAUGACUAUACCUCCACUUAAUUGCUUAAGAGAAGGUUAUCCUGAUACAAUGGGGGAGCUAUCUGGAUAUGAAUGUAGAAAUUAACAUAUCACUUUAAAUUGUGGUUCCUAAUAUGAAGGGCAUAUCAUAUAGUAAGCAAAUGUAUAGAGCCAAAAGGGUCAUUAUUGUGGGUUGUGAUUGUGGUCUUAUUUUGUUAGUUAGGAUUCGUCCCUAUUUGGGGUAUUCCCUUGUGUGUGAUGAGUGACGAGAUAUAGAAUUUAGUCUCUUUUUUGGGACCUAUAUUGUAAUAGCUUGACUGAACAUUUAUAUAUAUAAUAUGAUAGGUUUCAAAUAUCAGCUUAGGUUUCAUUUCAGAAGAGUUUAAAUUUAUGUAAUGUUGUUCAA